AUGGACGACAAGCAGAUAAUUAUGGGAAGCAUUCAAAGAGUUGUCUUUAGGAAUAAAUUAAGUAUUGCCUUAGUCCUCGGUCUUCCAAGAUCCUACAACGCAGAGUGGAGAGAAGAAUUAAAUAUCUUUCAGAAUGUAUUUGAGGGUUAUAUUGAGCAGCUAGUUCAAGUGGAAGAUUAUAAGGCUAAUGCGAUUAAAGAUUAUUGUCCCAUGCGUGUCUUUCCAACGGACCUCCCUGCCAUAAGAGAGCAAUGUUAUUCAUCGGGAUGUACUUCUGAUUUAUAUAACAACCAAAAAUCACUUGAUAAAGUUAAAGAAAGGUUCAAUGAGGAACUUUCUUCUGAAAACAUCAAAUCUGUUCUAUCAUUCUCAAACUCAUCAAUCCACGAACAACCAGAAACAAAGAGGUUACUUAACGACAAAGCUGCAGAAGGAACUGCUGAAGAUGAUUUAUAG